AUGCUCAAUGAGGUUGCCAUACUUUCUCAAGUAAAUCACAGGAAUGUAGUGAACCUUUUUGGAUGUUGCCUCGAGACAGAAGUACCGUUGCUAGUCUAUGAAUUCAUUUCAAAUGGGACGCUUCACGAACAUCUUCAUGUCAGUGCUCCACUAUUAUUGCCAUGGAAGGAGCACAAGAGGAUAGCCCUUGAAAUUGUGAAAUCUCUUGCUUAUCUGCAUUCUUCUGCUUCCGUGUCAGUAAUCCAUAGAGGCAUAAAGACAACCAACAUACUGCUAGAUGAUCGGUUAAUAGCAAAAGUGUCGGACUUUAGAGCUUCUCAAGGUAUCCCCAUUUAUCAAACUUCUGUCACAAACCUGGAUCCAGAGUACUACCAAACAGGCCGGCUCACCGAGAAAAGUGAUGUGUACAGCUUCGGCGUGAUACUUGUUGAGGUGUUGACGCAUAAGAAACAGUCAUCUUAUGUCUCACCUGAAGGCUUCAAUCUAGUUUCAGAAUUUUCUUCAUCGGUGAGCGAGGACAAGCUCUGGGAGAUUCUAGAUCCUCAAGUCAUUGAGGAGGCAGAAGAAGAAGAAUCCAGGGAAGUGGCAGCCAUUGCCAUGAUGUGCUAUAACUCGAAGGGCGUGGACAGGCCCUUGAUGAGGCAAGUUGAGAUGAGAUUACAAGUGUUGCAGAAUUCGGCAAACGAUACUAGAAGGAAUCAGAGCACUAAGAGCAACUCCAACCCACCUCCUAAACAGACUCCUAAUCUAACUUGGUCAAAAAAACCCACUCCAGCACACCUCUUAUUUGGACCCCCAUUUUCCAUGUCCUCUCAAAUUAUAAUUUGAAGUCUCCAGAUCCGGCAACCCCC